GCUCCGAGCGCCCCGGCGCCGCACACGCGAAAGGCGCUCACGAGCCCGCCCCGCUCGCCGGCUCUUGUGACCCUCGCGGGGCGCCGUACGGGCGGCCCGCCCCUCCCCGCGUGGCGGCGGCGGUGCCGAGCAGCGAUGAUCAUCCCCGUCAGGUGCUUCACGUGCGGGAAGAUCGUCGGGAACAAGUGGGAGGCCUACCUGGGCCUGCUGCAGGCCGAGUACACCGAGGGAGAUGCCCUGGAUGCCCUUGGCUUGAAGAGAUACUGCUGCCGCAGAAUGCUCCUAGCCCAUGUGGAUCUGAUUGAGAAGCUUUUGAAUUAUGCACCCCUGGAGAAAUGAGACGAGAAAUGUGCUAUGCUGCAAGCCAUGUGUAUCGUAUUUCUAAUUCUAAGCUUGAAACUGGACUUCAGGCAUUAAAAGAUGCAAGCCACCUGUAGUGCAACCACUGAGAGAUAUUUAGCUCGCUGCCCCAAACCGCUAACUUCUUCCAAGGAAACAAACGAAGGAUGAAGUCCACUUAAGAUUUGGAGAUUAAAAGUUCAAAUGCUUCUUUUUAAAUCAAUGCUUGGAGGGUGUGUUUUUUUUUCCUGAACAUUUAGAUACUUCUGCCAGCAAAAAUAAAUGUUUGUUUUAUGAAAUAUCA